AUGCAGCAGCAUCUGUGGAAAGAUCGAUUACAGACAGCUUUCUUUGAUGAUGGUGUAGCUACAGUAAAAGUUGACAAGAAUGGACAAGGUCUUCUGAAGGUUUGGAAGCAACAGUUGCUGCAGUUUAAGAACAUCAGUCCUGACAUUGCUGAUGCUAUUGUACAGGCCUAUCCCUCCCCUCGCUUACUGAUGGAGGCAUACAGAAAAUGCAAUGAUUCAAAGGAACAAGAAAAAUUACUAGAAAAUAUUGUGGUAAGAAGGGGAGCUGGUGUUUUGGAGACGUCACGCAGAGUGGGAAAAGAAAUGUCAAGGAGAAUUUAUACUUUUGUGACCAGUUCCAAUCCUAAUGAAGUUAUCAAAUGA